UACUGUUGAGCGGGCCAACAGCAGACUCCUGGAAAUCUGCUCUUCCCCUCACCACCACCAUCGCCACCGCCGCUGCGUAAUCAGGCGGCUCCAGGGCUGAGGCGCACCGAGCCACACAGCGCUUUGCUCAUUGAUAAGACUUCUUGGAAGAAGAGGACCGCAAGCCACCGUCCUGACCUGCGACGUUAUUUCCGACGCUCAGCCCGUGAGCUCUACUGUUUUUUUUUUUGUGUUUUUUUUGGGGGACGCAUCACGGUGAAAGAGAGACUUAACUGCCAGGAAAAGUAAAGUCAGUUGGAUUUUUAAUUUAUUAUAUUUAAAAGAAUUUGGGACAUUCUUGGAAUAAUUUAAACUCUACUAGUUUUCCGAGUCUGCUGGAUAGUUUUGCCUUGUGAAGUUUGGACCUUUGUUGGUUAGAAAUGUCGUUAAGUCUCUUGUUAAUUCAAUCUAUUGCUGUCAAUUUGCGCUUUUAGCCGAAAACGCACACGUAUGCGCAAGGUGAACCAAAUAGAGGAGCCUCAACAUCACGUAAAGGAAAAAGUUGGGGGUUUCUCAUUUCUUCAUCACGUAGCCUAGAAGCUUUUUGACCCGUUGUGCGCCGCUGACCGAGCGCCUUCUUCUCCCUCUCCUCCUCCUCCUCCUCCUCCUGCGGAUAUCUCUGCCGGAGAGACGACAGUGUGGACGGGCCGUCUACGCGCGCGCAGUUCCGCCGGGCGAGCCGCUGUCCCCACGCGCGCAGUGCUGAGGAGAGAGGGACUCUCGCGCUUCCAUAAAUGCCCGGUCCGUCGAAGAGGCUCGAGGCUGGGCAGCAAGAUGAGCUCGUGGGUGCCGCUGCUGCUCGUGUUGCUGGCGGCGUGUCUGCGGUAUGGCGUAGCCGAGGGGGACCCUCUGCCUGCAGCCCUGGUGGAGCUGGUUAGAAACAGCCCCAUCUCCUCCAUAGAGGACCUUCAGCUGCUGCUGCUCUCUGACUCCGUAGAUGAAGAGGACGGGACUGCUGCAGCCAAUGGAGGUCACAGACUACCAAGGAGCCUUGAUGCCCAGCCGGCCCAGCAGGCUCUGUGUAAAGUACGUACAGAGGUGGUUGAGGUCACCAGGGCGAUGUUGGACCGUAGCAAUGCUAACUUUCUGUUAUGGCCACCUUGCGUUGAGGUGCAGCGCUGCUCCGGCUGCUGCAACACCAAGAGCCUGCAGUGUGUCCCUGUUGUCACGCACACCAGAUACUUGCAGGUCAUGAAGAUUGAAUACAUAAAUAAAAGACCCACUUACGCUAAAGCGGUGGUGUCAGUGUUGGAUCAUGUGGAGUGCCGUUGUCAGCCGGUGUCACGUCCCCCGGUGCCCAGGAAAAAAUCAUCUCGCAGACAGCACAGCCACCAGCAUCGAAACCAGACGCUCAGCCAAGAACACGGACAGGGAAAGGUCAAGAUGCAAUCCAAAGAUGAGCUCCAUCAGUGGGAUGAGCUGAAACAGAACCAGAGGGCCCACCUGGAGGAUCUCCUGGAGCAGCACUGGAGCCCCAGAGGAGACACCUUCAAUCAGCCUGGAGAAGGGUACAGUCUGGCUGCGGACGACACAUCUCGGUCUGGAGAGGCUAUUCUCUUUGCUCCACACUGGGCACAUAACUCCAGCAGGCCCCAUGGGACUGAAGACCAAUCUGAGAAUCCAGAGAAUGUGGAGAGGAAGUAUGGUAUGAUCUCAAAUGGCAGCAAGACUGUUUCCUCUGCGGAUGAUGUCGGCGUUGAGGUAAAGAACAAGUUGGUAGAAGGUGGGAAUGGGUUGCUGUUUAACAGUACGGAAGGGAAAGUUAAUGAGGGAAAUGGAGGCAAGAACAAAGGCACAAAAACACACAGCCCAUUUUUGCAAGAAGACAAAUCCAAAUUUACAAAGAAUCACACAAGUGGUAUUUUUCAGCCUGUUACUCAGAAUGCUCAAGCCAAAUUCAGUCCUACUGAGGAAACCAUUAGUCAGAGAGUUGGGAGCAGGUUCCGACCAACCAAAGAGCCAAAUCCAGAGCCUCGAGAGCAAUCCAGACGGAGAGAGAACGAGACUCCAGAGGAAGAGAGGAUAUUACAGAUUGAGGAGGCAAAACUGGAGGAGGAGAGAAAAGAGCUUGUACUUCUCCACAAGAGGUUGGACCAAGAGAAGGACAUACUGAGACAGCAGCAGUUGAAACGAGAAGAAGAGGAAAGGCAGAAAGAAAAGGGGACAGAUAUUCGACAUCACCUGCAUGUAAAACAUCAUCAUCUGCAGACAACAACACAGAAACCAGAGACAACAACAUCUACGACUACCACACGAAAGCCCUUGGCUCCAGCAGGCCCCAGACCCCCCGCUCGUCCAAACCAAACAAAGAGAAGGAUGAGGAAGAAUCGCAAACGGAUCAGCAAGGCAGCUAUGAGAGCAAUGCUAAUGUAGCACUAAAAUUACCCCAGGGACACAACGUGAACUUGGUGUAUUUUGCGGAUAAUCCAGAGGUGAAGCAGAGUGACUCCCUUCAUAUAAAUAUUUAUUCAUUCAUUCAGUAACCUGCUCAUCCUGUGAGAUCUCCUCAGUAACACUACUAAUGACUGUCUGGUGAACCUGUAUUUACAUCUGGACCAAGUAAGAGGAGGGUGAGAGGAAAAGGGAAUAUAAAGGUGGACCUUUUUUUUUUUAAAAAGAGAACAAUUGCCUCUACAACGAAAGCUGCUGGUAUUAAGUAACAAGUGGCACCUGAAGACUGAAAAAAUUGUGUGCAAGCACAGUACAUCUGGAGGACUGAAACUGCAUCGCUGUAGAACUGUGGAUAAUAGUGCAAUUUCAAAACUCUACUUGGAACCAUGUUUUGAUAUCAACAGAGAGAAACUGCACUUAUAUAUUGACAAAACCGAGUCUAUAUGAGGUUUAAAUGAGAAAGACUGUUGCUGAAAGACUUGAUUUUGUGAUAAUGACAGUCAGACUGGACUAUGAAGUGCGUUUGGUGGAAAAAUGGACAUAAAAGUGGACAUAACUCUUCUGUUUCAUGAAAGAACGUUUUGUAAUGUAAUUGGAUAAUCUAAGAGACAAUCAUCAACAGACUGAAGUGACAACUAAUGCUGACUAAAAUGACCAGUAUUUCAAUGUGUGAUAGAACUCACAUAUUUAGGGCUCAGUCUUGACUAUGUUGGGAAGAUAAAGCUGUGUAGAUUUACCAUACCAAGGCUAGAUAUCAUUUAUUAGCUCAUUAAAACAGUGAUGGUCUCUCUUUAACCAUAUUUAAUUAUAUUUAACUCAUUGCAAACACUGGAAUCACAUGGAUGUGAUUAGAGAACCGAAACAUAAAAUGUGGCAUUAGGGAGGUUUCUUUGUUUCAAAAUCUCAUCACAGGUGUGAAGAAAAAAGAGUAAGGUGCUAUCUGAAUAUGAGGUGAUAGCAUUACACCUGUUACCUGACUGUGUGGUAUGUUUUUUAUUUAUUUAUCUAUACCAUUACUGUGGAUUAACUCUUUAUAGAAAUACUGCAAACAAGUUGUCUUUAAGAUCGGUAGACACAUUCAGUCUGUCACGAUGGCUGGAUGGUUCAAUCAGAAGCAAUGAACAAGUUCAAGAAAAAGAUCACAACCAUUUAUGUCCUCCCAAUAUCAUGCAGUGUUUAACUAUGUCGAAAAAAGUUUGUGCAUGUGUGUUUGUUUUGUAUGCCUAAGUAUGUGGUGUCGUGUGUGUACGGGCAUAUGCCCACACCUACACUUCUGUCAUGCAUCUCAAUAUUCAUGUAGAAGCAUAUAUCUGUUUCUCUCUGUCUCUUUCUCUCUUUGAGACGUCUCUCUUCCACCAGUUACAUUUUGGUAGAUACAAUCACAUUUCUUUCAAACUGUGGGAGGAGGGGGAACACCUAUCUACAACAUAUUUUCUUUAACUGUCCCUAUAUUUGUUUUAUUAAUCUUCAACGCAUUGUUUUUGACAUUUCAUUUACAGGAAACUGAAAGGGUCAAAACAAGUAAAUCAGUAGCUAAUAACUUAAAACGACAGCAAAACUUUGAAAAUGUAGAUAUUGUUUGUGUAUAUUUUCAUUAGAAACAACACGUAGAAACACACUGGUGAUGCUAUUUGGUAUCCAAUAAUCCGUAAUCAGUCAGACAUCUUAAGUUAUUGAAAAACAUGGCUUGUAUGUCCUUCGUGUCAACUUACAACUGUUACUGAUUUUGUCUGUUUUAUUAUGACAUAUGAUGAAAAAAAGGAAUGUUUGUGAUAACAUUGCCAUCUAAUGCUAUUUUCAUAUGGGUAUAAGAAGCUAAUGUGCUUAAAUCGACUUUGUUUUGUGUAUUUAUUCCAUUUAAUUCCUUUUUUUCGAUAAUCAUGGAUUUUGUCCUAAAAGGCCAUUGUUUUAUGAAAUGUGCAAAUUUUACUUGGUCAGCAACUGUUGCUCAACAGGUGAUGAGCAACAGACUAAGGAAGCAAAACUGAUUUAAGACUAAAGGCCAAUUCAUGCUUUCCGAGUCCACGUGUCCGCAUGGGUCCAUGUGUUGUAGAUUUUGUCAUUUGCCCAAGUCUGUGAGGGUCUGUGCAGACCCUGUAUGAACGUUGGCGUACAACCCAAAAAUUUGAGUCUGUGCGGUCUGUCUGUACUGUGAGCGCACCAACUGUGCAUGCACCAAAGUAAACUUGACGCUUGUGCUUUGCAACGUAUGUAUGAACUGUUUAUGUCUCAUCCUUGGUCUUAUUAUUUUUAUUCACACUGUUUUUAUUUUUGACUUUUUCAUGUUCUUCAGCCAAAUACAAGAAACAAAGGAGCUCUUCUUGUGGUCAGGAGGUUGCCAUCAUGUUUUUUAGUGGGCAUGUGUGGAACAUGUUUGCCUAUGCAUACCCUGGUUGUGGUAUGAAUAGAAGCGUCCAGCCAAGGGCAAGUGGAAACCAUGAAUUGGCCUUAAGAGUCCACAGCCAUCUUUAUGGCUCAGCUGUACUUGGAGACAGCAGUUCUUUGAGCCAAAUGCUAAAGUCAGCUAAUGCUAACAUGCUAAGCAGGUAUGGUGUUCACCAUGUUUAGAGUCUUAGUUAGCAAGCUAACAUUUGCUUGUACUAAAAAAGUACAACAGAGGCUGAUGGGGAUGCUAUUAGUUUUGCAGGUAUUUAGUCAAAAACCAGACUAUUGUACAAUAUGAAAUUUUGAAUUUUUGACUGUUGAUGGUGCUAUAUGAAAACUUUACCAUUGGGUAAAGGACCACCAAAGUUAGUACAGUUCAUGCCGAGCGGGGAUAUGAAUUGGUGUAACAAAUUUUAUGGCAAUCCAUCCAAUACUUGUCAAGAUAUUUUAGUCUGGACCAAAGUAGUGGCCCAACGAACUGACAGACCAACAUUGUCAUCCAUAGAGCCAUGCCAUGGGUAAAAACAAACCUUGGUUAAUAAUGUGCAAGGACUUUACAACUCCUGGGUCACUGCCCGUUCACAUAAAGGUUCACAUGAGAUUUCAAGGCUGGAGACAAAAUUGCCCCAGAUUAUCCCUUUAGUCUCAGAUAUUGUUUAGCUGUUUAACUGUAUGUAUAGUACAGCAUCUUAUAAUCAGAAAGCAGGUGCUUAUUUAACACCAAACUCUUGAACGACACAUUAAAAGUUGCAAGAAUAACACUUUUUUAUGACAUCAUGAACUCUCUGACUUUCUUACUACCUCUAAAGCCCAGGUGGACUUAUUUACUAAGCCUGUUUGGCAUGUUGUGUCUACACAGUGCAUCUUCAGCUCAGACAUUAUAUUGACUCCUGAAAUUCACUGCCUCGUAUUGGGUGUUAGUCCCAGUGAUGUGCAGUGAGGUUUGUCAAAUCAGACAACAGAGACAGAAAAGAAAUAGUGGGAGGUUGAUGUACUGUAGGUGAACUCUGGCACACACUCUUUAUGGUUUGUUUUUCACAUUUACCCACUUGACUGUUGGCUGCAAAAACUCCCCUACUCAGCAAUCAGCUGCAUAGCUCUGUCUGCUAAUGAUGGAGUCAAGAAGUCAUCUGCUCUCCCGUCUAAAUGAAGAAUGGU